GGCCCAUGGCAUACCUCAGUUGACCCACGCGGGAUUUGAGCUUCAACAUCACUGCGCAAAGCCCCGCCGUGUGCGGCGCGUUGCGUGCGCACCCGGGGCCACAACGGGCGCGUUGCGUUGCGUCGAAAUGUGGUAGCAAUGCAGAAAGUGCGAACUGGAGGUAAUGUGGUGCUCGACUGGAGUCCCAACCUCCAAAAUGGCGAAAGAUUGGAACGACCUGAGCUGACCAGGAUCUUUAGCAACUCCCGCACCGGGCGCACCGAUUGGCAUCGCAAUCAAUUCGUGCCAUUGCCGUCUCGCCCUCCGCCCGAGAAGCCGCCAGAGGAAUAUGUGGCUCCCAAGCAUCGGCGCCAUUUGAUCUACUUAGCCUUGUACAGAGACAAGGUGGACCAACAUCAGGCCGCGAUGUUGGCGGCGACCACCGGCGCCGUGCCCUCCAGUCCAUCUGCGGCAGAGGCAGGACACUUGGCAGCAACCACAGGGCAUUUUCCAGUGGAGAGUCAAGAUUCAAGGUCCCGCCGUCACGCGCCUGACGACACGGAGCCCGCCCUGACGGCGCAUACGGCAGCAGUGAAGGCUUCCGGUAUCGGUUUGGACGAGCAUGUGGAGGUGAAGCGCUUGGGGAAGCUUUUCGAUGAGUGGAUUGAGAUGACACAACAAGAUGUUGAUGAGGUCUACGAAAAACUGGGCCUCAACCGUGAAGGGAGCAAGACCUUGCGUCCGAGGGCAGCAAAGCCCGGCGGCAAGUCUUGGAGAGGUCGUUUGGAUCGAGCCUCCAAGGCCCCUAGCAGUCCACAGACCACUCGCAAUGAGGAGCUCGAGGUUUUGGAGGCGGUUGCCAUGGCGACGACAACGUCCCUCACCGGGACAACGACCGGAGGUUUCAGCCAGGGAUCUAUUCUUGCACCACGACGCAAUCCCGAUCGCAAGAAGCUGGACCGCCUGUGGACCGUGUUGACAAACCCCAAGGUGAGAUGCGCCAGCUUGAAAGACAAGGCGGGUUACCAGCAGCGAGACCGCCAGAUGCCCACCAAGAUCGAGGGGAUCAAGCCUUUGAUGCUCUACAAGCUCUACAAUGGACCCUGGCGUCUGGACGUGUGAACCGAAAAAAAAAAAGAACGAUGGGCUGGAAUACCCAGGCAGUCUUUG